AUGUUUGGUUGCUGCGUAGCUGGCCGUCUUCUCCAGACGAAUAUUGUCCAGGUCGAUGAGACGCAUGCCUACUUCGAGCUGCCUAACGCGAGCACGAUCAACCACGUCUGCGUAUUCCUUGUUGGCACAGUACCAUUCCCUGACGGAUUUGGGGCGGCAGUGCACUUCUACUGGCCAGGGAAAGGUUUCCAACUUCUGGGCAUGAUCUCUAACGAAAAGCCUUCCGCCAUCUUCCGCCUCCGAGGGGCGUUCAACGUCGCUUCCGCCUCUGCCGCACAGGAUCGUUUUUCCACCUUCUCCCAAGACCAGCAAGGUCAAGACGUAACAGCGAUCCUCGGCAUCUCCAUCGAACCCCUCGACCAGAUCCAAGCACAGCUCCAGUCGCUUCAGUCAAGUUCUGUCGCCCUCGUCAGGGCCAACGGCAACGCCCCAGACGCGACGAUAUUGGCAGAACGUAUCGUGAAGAACCUGCUCAACUACCUUAGCGGAUUCAUGGGCGGUGGGGUUGGCCCGGAGGUCCUUGUGCCUAUGAGCAUCAUCCAGAGAUGGUACGACGCCAUCCUUGGGAAGAUCCGGGCAAGUGGGGUCGGGUUUCUAGAGAAUACGGAUUGA